AUGAGGAACAUAGUUUUUAGCGUUUUCAUACUUUUGGUCUUUGGCUUAAUGGGCAGCGUGCAGGCUGUUCACGGUGAGCCACGCUCCGAGUCCGAAGAGACAGCACGCGGGCAUCUGGGAGGUGCCUCGCGCCUGGCGAUACGAUGGCCCGGUAAAGGGCGCGUGUAUAACCUACUGAGCCACGGUUCUGAAUAUCUACCGUUGCGCCGACGAGGGAACGUGGACGCGAUCAGACCUCCGAUAGUGAUCCGAGAAUCAAACGAGACCGUGCCAAGUCGCCCGGGGGCGCACAAGUCUGAUUCCGGACCGGCGCACACAGGAGCCACGCAAACCGACAAUAGAGAUGUGAUGACGGCAGACAAUCCGUACGACCCUUACAAGUCAAUUCGCAAUGAACUCUAUAACCCGUACCGUUACGACUCUUACUAUCAGCCGCGCUACAGGAACAGAGUUAGACCUGGCUAUGGGACGAGAUCUUUCCAGUAUGGUCUUCCAGAUCUGAUUCCAGACGCGUAUUAUGUGCAAACUUCCACAUAUAUACAGAGGGUGCCAAUGUACAACCUCAGAUGCGCGGCUGAGGAACACUGCUUAACAAGCUCAUCUGCGCAUGCGCGGGACUACGACACGCGCGUCCUCCUUAGGUUUCCCCAGCGUGUGAAGAACCAGGGCUCUGCUGACUUUCUCCCCAGCAGACCACGAUACGCCUGGGAAUGGCACAGCUGCCACCAACACUACCACAGCAUGGAUGAGUUCUGCCAUUAUGAUCUCCUGGAUGCUUCCACCAAGAGCAAAGUAGCUGAGGGCCACAAAGCCAGUUUUUGUCUGGAAGAUACCACCUGUGACCCUGGCUACUAUAGGCGCCAUGCCUGCACAUCACACACUCAGGGUCUGAGCCCAGGAUGUUAUGACACUUACAAUGCAGACAUUGACUGCCAGUGGAUUGACAUUACUGAUGUCAAACCUGGAAAGUACAUUCUCAAGAUAUCUGUGAAUCCAAACUACCAGGUUCCAGAGUCAGACUUUAGCAAUAACAUAAUGCGCUGUGACAUUCAGUAUACCGGCAAUUAUGUCCACACAUCUGGGUGCAGUAUAUCUCAGUAA